AUGACGUUGCGAGUUGCAGGGAGGCUGGUGGUGAAGAGAGCGGGGAGGACAGAGGAUUGGAAUGCGGUGCUUGUGGCAAUGGCGAGGGAAACAGCAGCAGCAAAGGAAGACGAGCGACGGGGAAGGGAAAGCAGGCGUAUGGAGUGGUUACUCUUUGUUCUGAAGCGGUUGAGAUGGAUACAGAUGGGGAGGGACAUGGAGGGGAGAGACAACAACUGGCUGGAGAUUGCAGCAGCGAGCGCGGCUGCUGCUGCAGGUGUGGGGAGGGGGGCGGUUGCAGGGAGGAAAGGGAGAGGAGGAGCGGCUGUAGUUGCCACUGCUGCUGCUGCUGCUGCUGCUGGUGGUGGCAGGGUGAAUGCUCGUAGAGAGUGGGGCCCCAAGGGGAGAAAAGCAGUGGGGCUUGCUGCUGGGGAGACAGGAGGAGGAGGGAGCAGCAGUGGGAAGGUGAAGGAUCAGGGGUUUGAAGGAUGUAGCGAGACUGUGGAUGGGGAUGGGGAUGGGGAUGGGGGAUGUAUUGGGGAGGAGGUAUUGGGAAAGGGCUUGGGUGUGGGAGUGGGGGAUGUACCUGUGUUGACUGUGGGAGGAGCAGACAGCCGGGAGGUUUUUAAGGGCGCUGUUGUGAGCGUUGCCGCCCGUGGUGCUGGUGCACGUGGGGCGGCAGGGGCGGCAAGGGGGAGGAGGAAGGGGUUGAAGUGGGGAAGUGGUGUGGAGGGAAGGCGGUUGUCUGGAGCAGGAUGGUCGUCGGGAGGAGAAGGACAUGCAGGCAGGGGGGGGGCACAUGAGAGUGAGAAAGAACGGGAGAGUGAGGGGGUAGGGACAGGGAAGGGAUGGCAUGGAAUGGAAGCCGGGGAGGGCGAUAGGAACAAGGGAGAGUGUGCUGUGAAUGGAUCAGUGGUGGUUGAAUGUUGGAGAGAGGAUGAAGCCAUGGAUACAUGUGAGGGAAAUGGGCUAACCCGGUUACCAGGGUACGAGGGAGUGGAGAUGGUGGUUGAUCGCGGAGGCAUGGUGUCCCAAGAUGAACAGGCUUCAGUGUGUGACGAAAUGAGAGGUGGGGAUAGGGAGGGGAUGAGUAUGAGAGAGGGGAUGAGAGUGGAGAGGAGAGGGGAGAUGAGAGGCGGGAUGAUUAUGAGAGAAGGGGAUGUGGAGGAGAGUGCACACGGGGUGGCGGAGGGAGGAGAGGGCGUGCUGUUUAGUGACGGAGCGUUUUUGCUUCGAGAAGGAGUGGAGGUGGGGGUAGAGGUGGAAGAAGGGGAAGAGGAGGACAAAGACGGAGUGGGAGAGGGGGAGGAGGGUGACGAGGAGGAGGAAGAUAGGGAGGGGGAGGUUGUGUGUCAUGAGCUUCGGAUGAGUGUGGAGAUGGAGGAGCAAGCGAGAGUGGCGUUGGAGGGGGGAGAGAGUGUGCUGCUGGUUGAUGAUGUGUCAGGACGGGCCUAUCAGCUGCUGCCAGCUGUCGUUGUGGAGGGGGUGGGCGUGGAUGGAGGAAGGGAGGAGGCAGAAGGUAGUGAUGAGGAGGAGGAAGAGGAGGAGGAUGGGAAUGAGGGAGAGUGUGAGUGUGAGGAGGAGCUGGAGGAGGAGGAAGAAGGGAAGGAGGGAGAGCAUGAGGCAAUGGUGGUGGAGGAGGUGGAAUGGGAGGAGGAUGGAGGGGAGGAUGAUAAGGAAAAGGAGGAAGUGAGGGAAGAGGAACGAGAGGGUGCGCAGGAGGGGGAGGAAGAGAAGAGGAGGAUGGAGGAGGAGAGGAGAGGGAUGGAGGAAGGAGAAUGGGAAAGGAGGAGGCAGGAGGAAGCAACUGGUGGAGAGGAGGCAUGGGCAGCAGAAUCUGGCGUUGCUGGUGGUAGUGAUAGAGGAAACGAUGGGGCAGGUGGGCUAGCUGAGGCUGGUGGUCCCUAUGUCGCGCGGUCUCUCUCGUCCCUAUCUGGCGACUUGUCUUUCUGCGGGAGCUUGGAGGAUGCAGGGACUAUCGGUGACACCAGCGUUGGCACCGAGAGGGGCAGUUGCAGCGUGUAUAGCCGUGGGGCAGGUGGUGGGGAUCGUGCAAGAGGUGGAAGUGAGCGGAGAGCAGGGGGGCAACAAAACACGGGUGGGGUUCAAGGAGUGAGGAGGGGUGGUGAGAGGUUGAGGGGCGGUAGAGGGGGUGGAGAGGAGGUGGGGGUGGGGAAUCAGCGAGCGAGAUUGAGGCCUGGUGGGGGGGUGAGAAGUGGGGGAGAGGGGGUUGUUGGAGGAGGUAUGGAUGUCGGGGCAAGGGCGGGUGCGGCAGUGGGAAGAGUGGGGGGAGGGGGAAGGGCGUCAACAGGAGCAGGGCCAGGGGAAGGUGCAGGUGUAGUUGCAAGGGCAGCUGGAGAAGCAGAUGCAGGGCGACUAGAGGGAGAAGGGGCAGUAGCAGGAGGGGAUACGUCACAGCGAGGGGAGGGGGGAGGCAGUGUAGGUGUUGGCUCCGGGCGUGGGGGAGGAGGGAGGGGGAUGAGAGGGGGAGGAGCAGCCAGAAGGGGCAGAGGGAGAGGAGGAGCGAGGGAGAGUGUACAGCUGGAGACACAAGAGGAACGACGGGAGGAACUACAGGAGGAGGAACAGGAGGAGGAGCAGGAGGAGGAUCAGGAGCAGGGAGAAGGCGAGUACAGAGAAGGGGAACUGAUGACUGAACAACCCAGUAGUGAUCGGCUGUCCACCGUACAGCCUGGCACUCACCUGUCUGGAGUAGCACAUUCGAUGGAGAGCGAGGGGAGGAGGGCGAGCAGUGUGAGGCAGCCGCGUCGCUGGUGGCUGCUUACAGGCUCAUCAGCUUAUCUCUGUGUGGCCUGCCCUGUGGUGCUGCGCCCUAGCCAGCAGCAUCCACGUCAGCAGCUGCCAGAGCAGCAGGAGGUGGGUCCGGGGCAGCAGCAUCUCGUGCCUGCGGGCAGGCAAGGCAGGCAGAGAGGAAGCGGGGGAGAUAGAAGAGGAGGGGUGGCUGUGGUUGGGGCACGGUCGGAAGGGGUGCAGAGCGGUGAUAGUGAUUUGGAGGCAAAUGAAAGAGAGAUGAGGGGGGAGGUGAUGGAGGGUGAAGAGGAAGAAGAUCUUCCUGCAGGACCUGAGGGCACGGUCAGUGUUAGCGUCGAAGAGGUUGCUGCAGAAGAGAGGAGGGGCGCUUUUAGAGCAGUGGAAGAGAACGAGGCGAAUAGUGGUUCAGCGGCGUUUUUAAGGCAUGCAACGAGUGGUGGUUCAGAAAGGAAUGAGGAAAGCACGGAGGUGGUUGCGGAUAGGGAGAGCGAGCGGUUAGGAGAUGGUGGGGAGGGGGUGAGGCCAGCUGUGGGUGCGGCAGCAGGAGAUUCAGUGGCAGAGCCAUCGGAAGGUGCAGGAGUGGCAGGGGCAAGGGAGGAGGUGGUGAGCUGUGGUGCUGUGAACAGUGCUGUCAUCGGAAUUUGCUCACCUGCCGACCCUGGAGCUUUGGGUGAAGGUUCGGAAGAAGGUGAGGAGGUUGGGGAACCGAUUGGGUCGGAGAAUGUGUUGGAGGAGGCUGGCUGUUUGCAAGAGGACGGCUCUUUAAAUGAGCAAGGCGCUCGGGACGACGACGAUGCAAGGAACGAGGAAGGCUCUGAGGAAGUGGAAGAUCGUGGUGUUAGCGACAGGCUACUGGUCGGUUUGGCAGUGGCAGUGGGGGCAGCAGCAGGCAGCAGCAGAGGUGCAACUUGUGAGGUGCAGCAACAGGCGGUUGGCGUCGCAGAGCCGGCCGAGGGUAUUGACAUAGCAGGGGGUGUGCCAUCAGGUUGUGGUGCUGCAGAGAGAGGGGCGCAUGCUGUUGUGGCUUCUUUUGUACCUGCAGCCAUCGCCCAUUCAGAGGUCGAUGUGGGUGGGACUCAACCACCCUGUGCCGCUGCUUGGACUGGUGAGACACCUCGUUCAGCGCCGGAUGCAGCACCUGAUGCGGCUCCUGGCACAAGACAAGUCCAAACACCUGGGGAAGCACCUGAAGCUGGUAGCAGCCAGACAGCGUCUACAGCAGCCACAGGUCCCUAUGCCAACCCACCAGCCAAUGCCACACUGGCUUCACAGCAACCACUCUCCACCCCUCUCUUUGCAGCAGAGAACAAUGCCGCAGCAACCAUGUACCCUGCUUUUGUUGCACCUCCCCCCAUCGCACCGCACUCCAUUGCACCUCCCUAUACCGCACCUCGCACCACUGCACCUCCCUCUAUUGCACCUUACACCAUUGCACCUCCCACUAUUGCACCUCACACCAUCGCACCUUCCCCCGUCGCGCCUCCCCCCAUCGCACCUUCCCCCGUCGCACCUCCCCCUAUCGCACCUCACCCCAUCGCACCUGCCCCUUGCCCGUCAACACUUUCCAUGCCCAGUCCCUCUUCCAUUGGCGAAGCAGCAGCAGCAGGCACAGCAGCAGUAACAGCAGCAGGAGCUUUCCAUUCAUUCGUUCUUUCAAACGCAUAUGCGCCACAGCCACAGGGUUAUCAGGUUACCGUGUUACCACCAGCACCAUCCAUGGGCACACCACCACAGGUGCUGCCUUACACUCAUGACACACAGCAGACCUCACAACAGGCCUUACAGCCUGCCUUACAGCAGACAAUAGUGCAGCAUUCUAUAGGCAUACAGCUCCUCCCCUCUAUGGGUCAGGAGCCUUUGCAUUCCACGCCCUCCAAUCCAUUUCAGCCCAGCCUUGCUCCUGUCCCCCACGCUCCCACUAAUCCGUUUGAUCCAUCCCAUCCGUCCAAUCUGCCGGGUUCUGAUCCAACGGCGGUGCCCAUGCUGGCCGUCAGCUAUGCUGCUUCUGCUGGGUUUUCCCUUUCUACCCCUCCUGUCCCUUCUGCCCUUCCUGCUGUAUUCGCCCCGCCCCCCCCUGUGCCCUGGCAUCAGACAUACCAACAGCAUGAUCAUGGAGGGGUGGUAGAAGAAGGGAGAGAGGGGGUCGAAGAGAGAGUGGGAACAGAGGUGGGGAGCGCGGGAGCAGAGGCGGCGAGAGUGACUGCACCGGGAAGGCUAAGUCCUGCUCGUUUCCGCAGGGUGGUGAGUUCAGGUGCUGCCCAGAUGACCACUGUCAAUACAGCCUUGCCUGUGCCCACGGGAGCUCGCAUGGGCUCCCCGUUGACUCGAAGGGGGAUAGAUGGGCACACAGGGGCUGGGGUGUUGCAUUCAAGCAACAGCUUUAGUGGUGGUGGGGGGGGGGAAAGUAGUUCUGCUGCCGCUGUUGGUGAGGGUGUGAGUGGUGUGGCUGGUAGCAGCAAUCGAGGGGAGGUGGUGUUGAGGAUGCAUGAGCAGAGGCAGCAGCAGCGGCAGCGUCUCCUGCUGCUGCGGCUGCAGCGCAUGCUGUUGACCCGUGGCGAAUCACCUAUUAACGAGGACGGAGAAGCAGGAGAAGGGGAGGAGAACCAGCAGCAGAGUCUGACCCACCAGCAGCAGCACCAGCUGUACGAGCAGUUGCAGCAGAGCCGUGGGGGGGGCAGGGACGAACAGGCACUGGUAGAUGCUGCGAUUGAGCAAGCCCUCUUCGGCUCCUCCUCAUCCACUCAGCUUACCAGCAGUGCUGCUGCUGCUGCUGUUGCUGCUUCUGCUGCCCCAGGUUCUAGCGGUAUCGAGUCUUCUCGUCCUGCUGUCUCAAUGAGGCUUCCAGCAUCGGCGCGUGUCGUGGCAGCAAUGGCAGCAGCAGGAACAAACGCUGGGGCAGGGAGUGGCAUCGGCAUUGGAACAGCAGGCACUGUAGCAGGUGCUGUAGGGGGUAAUGUAGCACGUAGCACAUCAGGUACUGUAGCAGGCAGUGUAGCAGGAGCAGGAGUGCCACUGGUAGCAGUGCUGGGAGGCCCGCCGAUUCAAGUGUCAUCCAGGCGAACCCAGAGCCCUGCUCUCACCCACACACACGCUUGGGGGGCCGGGGUAUCCAGCAGCAGAAGGCAAGUUGGGGUGGAGAGACAGAGGGGAGGAGCAGAGGAGCAGGAAGAGGAGGGGCGCAGGGUAAGAGCCGUCUUCACUCUGUCUACCAUCCAGUAA